UUGAAGUGAGGACGAGGACUUUGGCGGCAAUGCGGGUUUCCCGCUGGAUGCAGGCUUGGCGCACGGCGCACGGUCGCCCGACCAGCCCGAAUUCCACACCUACGCUGAAUUGCGAGAUUGAAGAUUCAGCAGACAGCAACCGCCCAGCGCCGACCGACAACGAGCGAACCGCUUCCUCUCAAACCACACACGAAGCAACACCGCGAUCAUGUCUCACGAAUCUGUCUGGUACUCGCGCCCACGCACCUACGGCAAGGGAGCAAGAGCUUGCCGUGUCUGCACCCACAAGGCUGGUCUGGUCCGCAAGUACGGCCUCAACAUCUGCCGUCAGUGCUUCCGCGAGAAGGCUGCAGACAUCGGAUUCACAAAGCACCGAUAAAUGCAUGUUCGGAGGACUGGGAUGGUCAUUGACCUUGAUGGGGCACGAACGCAAUGGACUACCCGAAAGAUGAGCGAAAUGCGGCAUACCAGGAACGGCGUUCUACGAGAUGUUGACUGCAAUCACGGGAAGACUCGAUGAAGAGCAGGCGUUAGCUCGACAUCUGCAGCUGCGAAUUUGAAGCACAAAAGGUGUCAUUGCACACAGUACGCCCUGACCAAUUGCUCGCCCACUGCUGGCAUACUUCGUAAUGGCCAUCCAUGAAUUCGCACAAUACCCGAUCACGACCUCUGCCGCGCCUUCAGAUUGUCCCGCCGUGCCUUGUGAUAUGCUUGAUCCACCACAUCGACUGUAUGCAUAAUGGAGGAGUGGUCAGUAGGGGGCUGUUCGAGGAAUCUGAGAUCGAGAGCACCGCCUAAAAACCGGUAUGUCGUUUGAGCUCUUUCGCUGCGCCACCAAACCUACCACAGCCACUGGGCUGGAAAACAUCAUGCUGGAC